GCCAGCGACCACCGAGCGCCGCCCCGGCUCCAGGGCUCCCGGGUUCCCGGGCUCCAGGAUUUGGAUAAAUGGACACUGAUAUGGAUUACGAACGGCCCAACGUUGAAACCAUCAAGUGUGUCGUGGUUGGAGACAAUGCUGUCGGCAAGACCCGAUUGAUCUGUGCCAGGGCAUGUAACACCACCCUAACCCAGUACCAGCUGCUGGCCACUCACGUGCCCACCGUGUGGGCCAUUGACCAGUACCGAGUUUGCCAGGAGGUGCUGGAACGUUCUCGAGAUGUUGUCGACGAAGUGAGUGUUUCUCUCAGGCUCUGGGAUACCUUUGGUGACCAUCACAAAGACAGGCGUUUUGCAUAUGGCAGGUCUGAUGUUGUGGUUCUUUGUUUUUCCAUCGCGAAUCCCAACUCCCUAAAUCAUGUGAAAACCAUGUGGUACCAAGAAAUCAAGCACUUCUGCCCUCGGACUCCGGUCAUUCUCGUCGGCUGCCAACUAGACCUGCGCUAUGCUGACCUCGAAGCCGUGAAUCGAGCACGACGCCCAUUGGCCAGGCCUAUAAAGCGUGAAGACAUUUUGCCCCCAGAAAGAGGCCGAGAAGUUGCCAAGGAGCUUGGCAUCCCGUAUUAUGAAACAAGUGUGUUUGACCAGUUUGGGAUCAAGGACGUGUUUGAUAACGCAAUCCGAGCCGCACUGAUUUCCCGAAGACACCUUCAGUUCUGGAAAUCCCACUUGAAGAAGGUCCAGAAACCUUUACUCCAGGCACCAUUCCUACCUCCUAAAGCACCUCCGCCAGUUAUCAAAAUCCCAGAGUAUCCCACCACGGGUAUGAAUGAAGCUGCCUAUUUAUUGGACAAUCCACUGUGUGCCGAUGUUAUGUUUGUCCUUCAGGAUGAGAAGCAUAUUUUUGCACACAAGAUUUACCUUGCUACCUCCUCUUCCAAGUUUUAUGAUCUUUUUUUAAUGGAAUGUGAGGAGUCUCCCAGUUUCCUCGAAGGCACUUGUACAAAAGAAAAGCCCAGUCGGGAUGUUCCGACAAGGACUUUGAAUCUUGAUACGGAGGAAGAAAGUAAGGAAACUGCCUCAAUCCCAUUAAUUGCUGAGGACUGGCCAUCCCAAGGUGAGGGUGUGUUGAAAAAGCCAGAGCUGGGAGCUAGAGACCUCCCUCCAAACACCAGAGACUUGUCCACGUGGAGCAAAGGGUUUGUUGACAUGCACAAAGAAAUGCUAGUCAACCCUAUUUCAAACAGAAUAGGUCCCGUGACUGUGGUCAGAAUGGAUUCUUCCCUUCAAUUGGGCCCUUUCAGGACCCUGCUUCAGUUUCUUUAUACGGGACAACUGGACGAAAAGGAAAAAGAUCUGCUGAGACUGGCUCAGAUCGCAGAGAUCCUAGAAGUAUUUGAUUUGCGAAUGAUGGUAGAAAAUAUCAUGAACAAAGAGGCCUUCAUGAAUCAAGAGAUCACGAAAGCGUUCCACGUCAGGAAAGCCAACCGGAUAAAGGAAUGCCUUAGCAAGGGGACAUUCUCAGAUGUGACAUUUAAGUUGGAAGAUGGGGUCAUAAAUGCCCACAAACCACUGCUUAUCUGUAGCUGUGAUUGGAUGGCCGCCAUGUUUGGAGGAUCAUUUGUGGAAAGCGCCAAAAGUGAGGUAGCCCUGCCCGGCAUCAACAAGCUGUCCAUGCAAGCCGUGCUGGAUUACCUGUACACCAAGCAGUUGUCGUCUUCUCUGGACCUGGACACACUUGAAUUAAUCACCUUGGCAAACCGAUUCUGCCUGCCACACUUGGUCGCUCUUGCAGAGCAGCAUACGGUGCAGGAGCUGACCAAAAUGGCCAUGAGUGGGAUCGGCAUUGAAGGAGAGGUGCUGUCCUACUUGGAGUUGGCCCAGUUUCACAAUGCCCAUCAGUUGGCAGCGUGGUGCCUUCAUUACAUCUGCACCAACUACAACAGAGUUUGCGCCAAGUUUCGCAAGGAAAUCAAAGCAAAAUCUACAGACAAUCAGGAAUACUUUGAGAGGCACCGCUGGCCGCCCGUUUGGUACUUGAAGGAAGAAGAUCAUUACCAGCGUGUAAAGAAAGAGAGGGAAAAGGAAGACCUCGCCCUGAACAAGCACCAUUCCAGACGGAAGUGGUGCUUCUGGCAUUCUUCCACAAUGGUAGCCUGAAUAAGCAAGGAGAGAAUCCUAGAAAGACCCGCCCAUUCCCCCAACCAACAGCAACAGCCACAACACUACUGUAAAAUUAGUCGUCGUCGUCGUCGUCCUAGAGAUGAGAUAUAGGUCAGGUUUCCGCCACUGAUUGGACUCUCCAUCUGUGCAUUUUAAAAUCCAGAAAUAUUAAAAGCACAAUCUCCCCAGAAAUGAGCCUGGACGACUGACUCUGAUGCUUAAAUUGCAUUCCUUCCACUAAUAUGUAUAUUUUUGGUUAGGGAGCGUAAUAAACUUAGUCCAUUAUGACAAUUUCUUUUUAUACAGAAAAUCCAGCAUUCACAUUUCAAAUUCCAAAUUGGAAAAAAAAAAUAUUUUUCUACCGUCUUGUGUACUUUGUCGAGACAAAAAUACUAUGUAUUACUUAAUUUUACAGGCCACAAAUUAACCGCGAGGAGCCAGCCCCGUAAUUAGGUUGUAACUCUUGGCCCACAGACGGACACGAGCGCCGAGGCAUCAUUACCUAAUGAGACGGUUAUUCCCACAGUUGGAAGCGAAGAAUCGGAAUGCAAUUCCCCAAAGUGUGAGCUAGGGAGUGUUUAAUCUUUGUCCUUCUGAGCAACGUUGGUAUAAUUAACAAGUCAACUCCAGGAGCGGGUAUCUACAGUAUUUGCCGUGUAAGUGGUAGUAAUUAUAUGAUUAUGUGUGCCAUGUAAAAUAUAGUGAUAGCAAAUAUUCUGUUGUUGAAAGUGUCUAGAUUCGAGAGGAUAAUCUUCAUAAUCAUUAGAAGGGCUUAUUAAAUCCCAGCAUUAUCCAGGGCCCACUCGCUGAUGGACCUGAAUACAAAGAAAGAUAAUUACGCUGUUCGUAUUUGGGUGGCUGUCAUGGCUGACGGGGUGGGCUAUUCCUUGAUCCUUGCCGAGUUUCUGCGUGUGAACCUUCUCUGUUGACUGGAACCAGAGGUGGGGGGCAGGGGGAGCUCCUGGCCCCUGACUCGUUUGUGCGGUGUGCUCGCAUCUCAUCCCCACCCCACGCUGGGUUGCUCUGCGGUGCCCUUCCCCGGGGAUAUCACUGUGGAACUCAGUUCCCCAUUUUUGUUUUUCCCAAGAAGAAUUCAUUCAGCUGCCCCUUAGCUGGCAUUCUCUUCUAAAGCCCGAAGGCACCUGGGAAAGGAAGCAUCUUACUGGAGACUAGGAGAGCCGAAGGAUCGCCGAGAACCCCGUGGCUUGGAACAGCUCCCUCUUGAGUUGUGCCCAUCGGAACUCUCUUCGGUGAAGUAGAAGGUCAGGAGCUGGGAAGCUUUCCCGCCGAGCAAUCUCCAUAACCAUUGACAUCUCCAUAACCGAAAAAUGAACAGCCCAUACGAUACAAGAUUCCAAGGACCCAGCUUCAUACCCACAAUGGCCCUGGGGACAGUAUGGUGGGGUCAGGGCUGGUUUCCCAUUCAUUGGUCACUUGGUAUCCUCACAUGAAAAAGACUCUUUUUUUCUUCUUCUUCCAUCCUAGGGUUAGAAAAAGAGGCAAUUGAACACAAACCCCAGUGCUGCAGAUCAGGAAGAAAUUUCCAGAUGACAGCCAUAUGCAUUUUAAAAAAAUAUAUUCAGGUUAGAAAUGGAAUUUUCAUUCCUGGCUGUAGUAGCACCCCAGGGCAAUAGAAACUACUUAGCAUUGAGUGACAUCAGGGACCCAAGCUUGGAGGAGAGACGUCUAGAAGGAGAAGCAGAGGAGUAUUUGGUACCCCCGACCCUGGAUGAAAGAGGUCUGUAGAAAAAGGAUGACUACCUGGAUAAAUCACCGGUCGGUAGGUGGGGUAGGUAGGGAAGAGGGGAGUAAGAAUGAGAAGCUAAACAUCAAAAUGAGUCAAAAAUUUAAAUCUCUUCCAUCCUGAAGUAGUGGUGUGUUGGGUUCGCAACAAAAAUUGCUAGUUGGUUUUGUCCAAUCAGAGCUCUUAUUCGAAUGUAAUCUUGCCAAAAACCAUAAUGGAUGUAUACUGGUGGCCCUGGGGGAUAUGCAAUAAUAUUCACUCGACUUUGUUAUCAGCUGCUGAAACCAAGUGGCUGGUUCAUUUGGUUAAUGCUGGCUAUGGCCUUCAACCUUGGUGGUUUUAUUUUAUGUUUUUUAUUUCACAGAAAGCCAAUAAAAUUGUUUAGCUAUAAAA